AAUAAUGCAAGGACCCGUCUCUUUUGCUUUCCUCCUCGCCAUUGCUGGUACCGUCAUUGCAGCACCAUCCAAUGUGGACCCUAACUUCGUUCGUUCCUCGGAGAACGCCCUUCUUAACGCGGGUGAUUUGAACGCUGCCAUGGAGGGGCCAUUUCGGUCAACGGCAAGCAAGCUUGCGCAACGCUUGGUUGUGCCUGACUCCGCGAACUGCUUGGGCCGAGAUCACGAUUGCGAUCCAGAUGGACGGGAGCUUUGUUGUCGAGGAUUAAUCUGCGCCCCAUUCGGUCCAUUCGGUGGUAGUUGUAUUGGGCCGGCCGCCAAAGUCCCCAAAACGGAGUAGGGAUUGAGCUAGACUGGAUAGGCUAGUUGGGAUCUGCACGAUGCUUUCGAUGGAUUGGUUGUUGGGAGUGUUAUGUAGAUUCGUUGUAGUUGAGCUAGUUUCUCCAGCUUGCAAGGUAGAUGUAUUCUACUCCCGAAAAGGGGGCAGGGAUUGAAAUUCGGCAGGAUCUGGCAGGAU